GCUCCCUGUCAAUCAUUCUGGUGGGCGUGUCCUAAUGGGAGUUUGUGGUAGAAGAGGAGAAGCAGAAAACAUCCGCUUCCAAGGAAAUGUCUUCAGUUCCAGAUGGGAAGAAGCUAGUGCGCAGCCCCAGCGGGCUGCGGAUGGUGCCUGAAAACGGCGCCUUUAACAGCCCGUUCUCGCUGGACGAGCCGCAGUGGGUUCCGGACAAAGAGUGUCCGAGAUGCAUGCAGUGUGACACCAAGUUCGACUUCAUCAGGAGAAAGCACCACUGCCGGCGCUGCGGCCGCUGUUUCUGCGAUAAGUGCUGCAGCAAGAAGGUGGCGCUGCCCCGCAUGUGCUUCGUGGACCCGGUGAGGCAGUGUGCUGAGUGCAGCCUGGUCUCCCAGAAGGAGGUGGAGUUCUACGACAAGCAGCUCAAAGUGCUCCUGGGAGGAGGCUCCUUUGUAGUCACUUUGGGAACAUCGGAGAAGUCUGAAACCAUGACGUGUCGCCUGUCCAACAACCACCGAUACCUGUUCCUCGAUGGUGAAACUCACUUUGAGGUGGAGUUGUCUCGUAUCUCCAGCAUGCAGAUCCUGACAGAUGGGAUGAGUCCAGGAGACUCUGAUAUUCACACUUACACCAGCCUGCUGGACAGUCACUGUAUCUCUGAAGGAGGGACAUCUCGGGCCAGCGGCAUGCUGCUGCAUUACAAACCCAUGGGCUCCCAGGAUGUCCAGCAGCUCCGUCUGGAGGUGGCCGAUGACAAGAAGGUGGCGUCGCUCUGGCUAGCUGCGAUGCACAAGGCAGCCAAACUGCUGCACGAAGCUCGAGACCAGUGACGGGCAGAACCGGACCUCCACCCAGGUGUUUGCCUAGCUGAACCAGCGGGUUGAGGAUCAUUGGGAUUAACACCAGUACCGAUUCUGCUCCUCUGUCUGAUUUCUCAUUGACACCAGAUGUCAUCGUGCUAAUUUCUCACCUGAUGACCUCCAUGAUCAGCGCCUCUGUGGAGGUCAUCAUGUCUUCUCCUACUGUACUUAGCUCUGUUUUUAAUCUUCUGUGGUUUGUGGCACAAAUCAGAACUGGCAGCGCUAAAGUCUGACAGCAGAGCUGAGGGAAAGCUGUAGGGAGUCCAGUUCUGAGGAAAAGCACUUAAACAGUUCAUCGAUGGCCACAAAAUAACCUUACGCGCUGCUGUUUGUGUUCAAGAGGAUUCAGGGUAGCGGUGAGAUAAACUGAGUCUGAUUUGUUUUUACAUGAGGAAACAGACUGACCAUCACCAGAAGCUCAUAGAAGGAUGAGUGAAAGAUCAGAAAGCAGAUGUUUGUGGUUUUCUUUGCAUUUCAGGACCUCAGAUACACAAGCAUCAAAGAAACGAGUCCAAUAUUUGUCAGAUCACAAACAUGGAUAAAACACCUAAGUGGUAAUGUUUGCAGGUGUCAGGUUUUAGAAUAAAGACAGAUGUCCAUGAUGCAGUAGCAUUCUGGGAAAUAAAAGGAGAGUGACGGCAUCAGUAAGUCCAGACAUGCAAAGACUAGAGGAAGACCGAUUAUUUCUCUGAGUGAUGUUAAGUUCAGUCUGAAUGUCAGAUUAGCUUCCAGUUAGUCGCUCUGCCACACUCAGACGCCCGUCUGAGGAUCUUCUAACUGAAUCAAGUGACACACAAAGAAAAGUUUUAAUUGUACUUUCAUGUAUUAAAGUUUUGUAUGCGCUAUUUUGUUAAAUAUUCCUACUUUAACACAGACUGUGUACGUUCUUACAUCCUUUUUAGACCGAAGUAUGAUGGAGGAUUUUGUAUUUCUUCUUUGUAUCCUGAAUUAACCAGAUUCUAGCUUUAUUUUGUUAUCGUGGCAGCAGAGACACACACCUGGAUGUGAAAUCACCUGUCAGACACAAACAUGACUCAGCACAAAGAACAAUCGGCACAAAAAUGAGCACAGGUCAAUGAGGUGCAACCCAAAUACUUCACGUUUGGAAAAACAUGGAUACUUGGUCCAUUAAGAAUGGGUUUUCUUUGUAAAUAAUACAUUUUCUGACCUACUAAUUGCACACGACUUCAUGAACAACCUCUGUUUGAAGAAACAGACUACACCCCACAGGAAUGAUGAGCUAGUUCAAAGUAUUGCUGCUGUCUUAGAAAGGCUCAAAUCUGUGAUUUAUGCACAAAUGCAACAGUUGACUGUUUGAAAUCAUUUGACGGCAGUAGGUUUAUAAAAUCACAUGAGCUGUUUUAAGAUGGCAGUAAUCUACUUUGGUCUUCAAUGAGAUCCAACCGUUAGCAUCUUGUAGGAUGUAAUCUCCAUUUCUCCAAACCGAGGCUGUUCAGGACGCUGUCUACAACUGGAUUUAUAACUUUUACAAAAAACAAGUUUCGAAACAUCAUUUGAACAGAUGAACUUGCUGCUGAAAUGAUAAAUCAAACACAAUUUGGAGGCAAAAACAUUCAUGUUGCACAUUGAUCCGUUCGUAUUUUCAUGUUUGUGAUGAGGCCGAGUAGAUUUGUCUGUUCCAGCUGUUCUGCUGUUCGCUUGACCGCUAAAGUUUCACAGAAAAAAAUCACACGUUUUGUAUUAAUGAAGUUUGAGAUGGAGUCUGCACGGGUGUUCAGUCUGAUCUACAGCUAAAGAAUCCAAAAACCAGAAUGUGUUUGCAACACUUGGACGUAAUGACACGAGAGCAAGGAAUGAGCCUCGUAAACAUGAGAGUUUAGUUUAUUAACACGCCAAGUUUUGUGUGUCCUCACAUUUUGGCUGCUCUGAUUACACUACCCCCCUAACACACACGCACACACACACACACACACACAUUUAUUUUGCUGAAAAUAUUCUACUGCACGUGUUGGUUUCUGUUCAGAAUAAACUACAUUGUUUCUA